AUGGUUCUCAUAACAUUCAAAACAAUCACUCAGAUUUCUUUCACCUUGGAACUUGAACCAAGUUUGACAAUUGCCGAAGUCAAGCAGAAAAUUGCCGAGGAAAGAGGUGAUGACUAUGCAGUCGAGCUUCAGAAGUUGAUCUACAACGGAAAAAUUUUGACCGAUGAGAGCAACAUUCAAGAUACUGGAAUUGAAUCAUCCAAGUUUGUCGUAGUUAUGUUGCAAAGAAAACCUGCUCCCCGAAAGGUAGACCCUGCUCCAGCCACUAACUCAGCUACCACUGCUACCACUACUACUACUUCCACAGCCUCUUCUGGAAAAUUGGAAACUACUCCGGCUCCAGAACAAUUAUCUAAUAAUUCCACUCCAGCUCCCGCGAGCACUACUUCAAACUCAACUCCUGCACCUGCUGCUGAUGAAGAAGUUAUAACUCCCGAGCAAGAGGAGAUGAUCAAGAACAUUGUUUCAAUGGGAUACCCAAGGGAUCAGACUAUCGCCAUGCUUAGAGCCUCACUUUGGAAUCCUGAUCGUGCAGUCGAUCUUCUUUUGACCGGUGAUCCUGAAGGUGAAGCUAUGGGAUUUGUAGAGGAAGAUAGCCAUGCCAUUGCCAGCAAUUUGGAUGUUCUUGGACAACUUCCUCAGAUCGAAGAGUUACGCCACGCUGUCCGCGAGAACCCCAGUAUUCUUCCAUCUUUGAUGAGACAAAUCGCACAGAUCAAUCCUGAUCUCAUGAACGCUAUUUCUCAAGAUCAAGAAGGAUUUUUGAGAUUGUUAGGUGGAGCUGGUGCUGGUGCUGGUGCCCAAGCUGCUGAAAGAGCCGCUCCUCAGAACACAAUUAGAUUGACAGAAGAAGAGCAUGCUGCUGUCAUGAGAAUUAAAGAUAUGGGAUUCAAUGUACCAGAACAUUUGAUUCUCGAGGCUUAUUUGGCUUGUGACAAAGAUGAACAAUUGGCUGUUGACUAUAUACUUCAAAGAAUGGACGAAGGCGAACUUUAA